GGCGGGGACGGGCGGGUCCGCCCGGGGAGCGGCACAGCCCGGCCGGAGCCGCCGCGGGAGGCACCGAGCGGCCGGGGCAGAGCCAUGGCCCAGAGAUACGAUGUGAUUGUGGUCGGAGGCGGCAUCUCAGGUCUCUCAGCAGCCAAACUGCUGACUGAAUCAGGCUUGAAUGUGGUGUUGCUUGAAGCCAAUGACAGGGUUGGUGGAAGAACUUUCACUGUAAGGAAUAAGCAAGUCAAAUAUGUUGACCUUGGAGGAGCUUACGUGGGGCCAACACAGAAUCGUCUCCUGCGAUUAUCCAAAGAGUUGGGAAUAGAGACCUACAAAGUGAAUGAAGUUGAGCACCUGAUACACCAUGUCAAGGGUAAGUCUCACCCCUUUAAAGGUCCAUUCCCUCCUAUGCGGAAUCCACUGGCCUACCUGGACUACAACAACCUGUGGAGGACCAUGGAUGAAAUGGGGAAGGAGAUUCCCAGUGAAGCCCCAUGGAAGGCUCCACAUGCAGAAGAAUGGGACAAAAUGACUAUGCAAGAUUUCAUAGAUAAAAUUUGCUGGACGAAUGCAGCCAAGAGUUUUGCAACUCUGUUUGUGAACGUGGAUGUCACUUCUGAGCCCCACGAGGUCUCUGCCCUGUGGUUUUUGUGGUAUGUGAAGCAGUGUGGGGGGACAGCGAGGAUAUUCUCAACGACAAACGGAGGACAGGAGAGGAAGUUUGUUGGGGGUGCUGGCCAGAUCAGUGAGAAGAUGAUGGAGCGCCUGGGAGGGCGGGUGAAGCUGAGGAAGCCGGUCGUCCGCAUCGACCAGUCGGGUGAAAGUGUCGUUGUGGAAACCUUAGAUCAUGAAUUAUACGAGGGCAAAUAUGUGAUCAGUGCCAUUCCCCCAGCUCUUGGUCUGAAGAUUCAUUUCAACCCACCUUUGCCCCCAAUGAGAAACCAGCUCAUCAACCGGGUCCCCAUGGGCUCAGUCAUCAAGUGCAUUGUGUACUAUAAGGAAAUUUUCUGGAGGAAGAAGGGGUAUUGUGGUACCAUGAUCAUUGAAGAUGAGGACGCUGCAAUUGGUUUAACACUUGAUGAUACUAAGCCUGAUGGCAGUUUUCCUGCCAUAAUAGGCUUCAUUCUUGCUCGGAAGUGCAGAAGACUGACAGGUCUCACAAAAGAAGAAAGGAAGACAAGGCUGUGUGAGCUCUAUGCAAAGGUUCUGGGAUCAGAGGAAGCUUUACAUCCAGUGCAUUAUGAAGAGAAGAACUGGUGUGAAGAGCAGUAUUCUGGGGGCUGCUACACAGCCUACUUCCCACCAGGCAUAAUGACUCAGUAUGGAAGAAUCAUUCGGCAGCCCGUUGGCAGGAUCUAUUUUGCUGGCACAGAAACAGCCACAGAGUGGAGUGGAUACAUGGAGGGGGCUGUCCAGGCUGGAGAAAGAGCAGCCAGAGAGAUACUGUUUGCUAUGAAGAAAAUCCCAGACAGUGAAAUUUGGAAGCCAGAACCUGAAUCAAUUGAUGUGCCAGCUUUGCCCAUCACUACGACCUUCUGGGAGAGAAACUUGCCAUCUGUGCCAGGACUGCUAAAGCUGAUUGGAUUUUCCACUUUCUUCACCUCUGUGGCUGCAGCUGGGUUACUUGCCUACAAAAGGGGACUUCUAGUUCGAAACUGAAAAAGGCUGCCAAAGUGUUAGGAAGGCUCUCUUUGUCUUUACCGACAUGUCUUCCUAUGAUUAUGCUGAGGAUCUUACCACGACUGUGGGAAAGAAAAAAGGAUUUGCUGCCGUUUUCUCAACAUUUUCCACGUGAAAGGAGUAUGUGGCACUUUGUGUACAUGGAUACCAGUGUGAUGAGCGAAUUGACAGAUGUAGGUUGAGAAUCAAGCUGCUUCCCCUUGGGUAGAGGGAACUGUUAGGACUGGCUUACAUUUUUAAAUUAAAAUUCCUGCCAACCCUUCAAAGAGAGGAAUGAAGUCUGGUUUAACAGGCAACAAGUCAUGCUGCCUUGUUAAUUUAUAAAGAAGUUUGAUGAGACAACUGCUAUCAUGAAAGUUCCAGCAGUUUACCAGCUUUGUAAAAGGUACUAUAGGAACAAUCAUGGAAAUAAGUGUACUUGUCUCUUAUGAACUGAAUAGUGUUACCAUGCAUAUUUUGUAAUGCUCUUAAGAGUUGUCAAAAAAAAAAAAGAAGAGGUUUACUUUCUUGUACACUGUUCUGAUAGCAGCUGUACAUUUGAAAGGGUGUUGGGUCAUGGCAUGAUAAUCUAUGUUAACCAAAGUACUUGAAAGCUGAUUGCAUAAACUACUCGACAAUAACAAGGAUGUGAGCAGUCUGAGGCAGCCCCUUGUCUUUCCUUUAACUAGUGCAUUUUUUUUUUCUUGGUGCAGAUCUUGAUUCUAAUACAAUGACAUUAAUCACAGUUAAGUGUGUGUCUGAGCAUUGUCCAUCACUGGAACCCAAGGCCUGGAGAGAAGCUUUGGUCCUCUAUUAAAAUAAUCUUACCAUGUCCUCGGUGGGACUGUUGAUUCACUGAAUUAGACUUCACAGAUGUGCAGAAAUUUUAAGAUUUUUUUUUGAAGAAGAGGGAAUUCUAUGUCCUCCAGAAGUACUUGGAUGCAAAAGGGAGCCAGGAUUAAAUAACAGAUCUACCACUGCUCUCAGGCAAGAAGCAAACCCACUUAAAUCACAGAUUACAGAUGCUCACAAAUAAACCUGACCUGUGUUUAAAUGAACUGACAUUCCUUCUCCCAUCUCCACCACCUUAAGGUCACCUUGAUCUUACUUCUGUUGAAGAUCAGAUUGUAAAAACCAGACAGCCAAAGCUGUCUUGCUUUCAAAGUGUCUCUGCAGUCACAUUGUUUAGGUGUUGUCAUAGACUGCUGCUUUUAGCGUGUCUCCUGUGGUCAUGUGCAGGUCAGUGCUCAGUGAU